AUGUAUAUGUUGUAUCUCUGUGGGCGUGUUAAUUCUAUUCUACAAGCCUCUUUAAGAAUGAAUGCCCGAGAGGAGUUAUUGCAGCUGCUCUCCGCAGCGGAUGCUGAAAUUCAAAGGCAUCAUGUAACCUCUAGUACAGCAAUGGAUUCAGAACUUCUCAGUGCAGUUGCUGAUUACAUUGAAGUUGGAGUUAAUGAAGAGGCAACUUUGAAACGUCUGCAGAGUGCACUACUGAAUCAGAUGAUGCCUCAGUCAAUGAUAAGGAAGUCCACUGAGGAUGGAAUGCAUCCAGUAAAGAGUGAGAAUAAUGAUGAUAUUGCUAAACAGGAAAGUUCUUCUGCUAUUACCCCAGAGGAAAUGGGACGACAGCGUGCUCAGCGAAUUUUUUUACAGGCCUUAGCUGUACGAAAUCGCUAA